GUCUCGUUGGUGUAUAGAAAUGCAACUGAUUUCAUAUCCUGCCGCUUUACUGAAUUCCUGUAUGAGUUCUAGCAAUUUUGAGGUAGUUUUUUGGGUUUUCCACAUAGAGUGGUAGAAGUUAUAUUUUCAUACUGGUGUUUCUUGUCUCUCCAUUUGGUGUAUAAAGCCCUCCAGGACAAGGAAUGAGUCAUAGCCCCCAGUAUAUAGUACCUUGCCCGUUCGCUUUUCCAUCGUUCCUUCCCCACAACAUCUUGCCCCUAUCCCCUUCCAGCCCUGCCCCACUCUGACCUUUUGCCUCCUCCCCACACCAAGCUGGUGAGGGCUGCAGAAGAAAAUUCAACACCAAAGAACAACUACUGAUUCAGAGCCUCCAAUCUCAGCCAGACCCUGGGUGUCUUGGGAAUCCUUGUUCCUGUCCCUCAGUCCCUCCCAUUCCCCAGAGAGAUGAUUCCUCCUUACCAUCUUGUUGAGGGCCAGUUCCAUGGUCACAGGGUCCAUCAACCUACACCCUCCUUCUGCAAGACAUCAAAUGCCAGUGAGGGAUUCCAGCAAACUGCCAACCAUUCCUCAAUGUCAGAGACACCAGUGAGGGAUUCCCCAAUGUCAACCACCUCGUUUACUCCCAUAAGCAACCCCAUUCCCUCUGCUUGGCUCGUCCUUUCCCAAGUGCUCUGGACAUCACCACUUCAUCCACGAGGCAGGCCAGGACCUCCUCGCCCCUGAAGACAUCUCUGACUUUUCUUCAACCUGCUCCUUUUCUGCUGGCUUUCCACUCCUAGUUCAUUUCCUUUGCGUUUUAAAAACCGUAUUGCAAUGCCACCCAGCUUUUCCUCUUGUCUUCCUGUCCUGUGUGACCCCUUUACUACUCACACGUUACUACUUCACUUCAGACACUUCUGGCCACCAACUCUUGGGGGUUUUCACAAGCAGUUGUCUGUGACACUCGCUGGGUGUCCUGUAAUUCAACUCAAUUCUGACACUGUCUGCCCAGAGACAGCAUCAGAUCCCACAAGUUCAGGGCUCAGUCCCACAAGACUGUAUGCCUCCUCACUUUGGAUGCCAGUCUGGUUGUCAAGCCCUGGUUGUCAACUGUGCUUCUGACCAACUGGUUGUAGAUCGAAUGACCUACAACCAACUGGUUGUAGAUCGAAUGACCUACAACCAACUGGUUGUAGAUCGAAUGACCUACAACCAACUGGUUGUAGAUCGAAUGACCUACAACCAACUGGUUGUAGAUCGAAUGACCUACAACCAACUGGUUGUAGAUCGAAUGACCUACAACCAACUGGUUGUAGAUCGAAUGACCUACAACCAACUGGUUGUAGAUCGAAUGACCUACAACCAACUGGUUGUAGAUCGAAUGACCUACAACCAACUGGUUGUAGAUCGAAUGACCUACAACCAACUGGUUGUAGAUCGAAUGACCUACAACCAACUGGUUGUAGAUCGAAUGACCUACAACCAACUGGUUGUAGAUCGAAUGACCUACAACCAACUGGUUGUAGAUCGAAUGACCUACAACCAACUGGUUGUAGAUCGAAUGACCUACAACCAACUGGUUGUAGAUCGAAUGACCUACAACCAACUGGUUGUAGAUCGAAUGACCUACAACCAACUGGUUGUAGAUCGAAUGACCUACAACCAACUGGUUGUAGAUCGAAUGACCUACAACCAACUGGUUGUAGAUCGAAUGACCUACAACCAACUGGUUGUAGAUCGAAUGACCUACAACCAACUGGUUGUAGAUCGAAUGGUUUGAUUAAUUUGCUGGAGCAGCUCACAGAACUCAGGGAAACACCUAUGUUUACCAGCUUAUUAAGGAAUAUGAUAAAGGGUAGAGAUGAAAAGAUGCAUAAGGCAAGGCCUGGGGGCAGGGGUCCCAAGUGCUGGAGCUUCUGUCCCCAUGGAGUUGGAGUGUGUCAUCCUCCCAGUGGGAUAUGUUCAGCUACCUGGAAAUUCUUAAAACCUGUGCUAUUGAGAUUUUAUGGAGGCUUCCUCACAUAGGCAUGAUUGGUUAUUAACUCUGUCACCAGCCCCUGUCUCCUCUCUGGAGGAUAGGGAGUGGGCCUAGUUUGAAUUGCUAUCAACUCUUCCCCAUAUUAUGUUGUCACAAAUGACAUCUUUAUACAUUGUGUGCCUAUUAUAACAUAGAUUUAUAAUUGUGGUUUUAAGCACUUGUUUUUUUUCACAUCAUAAAAACCAGUUACAAAUCAAAAAUGCGAUAAUACUGGCUGUGAUAGUUACCUAUGUAACUCCCUUUAACACCAUUCUUUAUUUCUUCACAUGGCUUUGAGUUACAGCCCAGUGUUUUCAUCUCUUUAGGCAUGCCUAAAGAUCUGUUAGCAACAACACGCAGCUUUUGUUUGUCUGGGAAUGUUUUCAUUGGUCCUUCUUCUUUUUGCAAGAUAAUUUUGUUGGAUAUAGAAUUCUUAGUUGAUAUCUUAACAAGCUUUCAACACUUUAUAUGUAUCAUCUCACCACUUUCUAGCCUCAUGGUUCCUGAAGAGAAAUUGGUUGUUAAUCUUACUGGGGAUCCCUUGUGCAUGACAAAUUGCUUCUCUCUUGUGCUUUCAAGAUUCUCUGUCUUUGGCUUUUGACAUUUUAGAAUAUAUCUUGAUAUGAAUCUCUUGUGUUUAACUUACUUGGAGUUCACUGAGUUUCUUGGAUGUGUAUAUUCAUGUCUUUUAUUGAAUUUGGGAAGUUUUGGGCCAUUAUUUCUACAGAUAUUCUUUCUGCCCCUUAGUCUCUUUCCUCUCUUUUUGGGACUCCCAUUAUGCACAUGUUGGUAUAUUUGCUGGCAUCCCACAGGUCCCUUAGGCUCUGUUCAUUUUCUUCAUUCUUUUCUCUUUCUGUUCCCCAACCUGAAUAAUUUCAGUUGACCUAGUUAUGUUGUUGAAGAUUUCCAGUGAAUCUUUCAUUUCAGUUAUUAUACUUUUCAGCUCCAGAAUUUCUAUUUGAUUCCCUCUUCUAUUUUCUGUUUAUUAAUAUUUUCUUUGUUGAAACAUCAUUCAUCUGGCUUCCUUCAGUUCUUUGUCUUUAGUUUCCUUUGGUUCUUUGAGCAUAUUUCAGACAGUUGAUAUAAAGUUUUUGACUAGGGUUGCCAGGGUAGCUCAGUCAGUUAAGGGUCUGUCUCUUGCUAUGAGCUCAGGUCUUGAUCUCAGAGUGGUGAGUUCAAGCCUAGUGUUGGACUCCACGCUGGGCAUGGAGCCUACUUUAAGAAAAAAUUGUUUUUGUCUAUUAAGUUCAAUGUCUAUGAUUCUUCAUGGUUACUUUCUUUUUCCCCUUUGUAAAUAGGCUGCACUUUCUGUUUUUUUUUUUUUUAAUGUAUUUUACUCUAUUUUCUUUGCUAGUCUUUUGCUUAGGAUUUUUACACCCAUGUUUCUGAGUGAAAGAGCCUUUAAUUUUCUUCUCUUGUGAUGUCCUUGCAGAUUUUGGUGUCAACAUAACAAAUGUGUUAACCUAAUAAGACAAGUUUGGAAGUAUUGUCUACUCUUAUCUCUGAAAGCAUUUGGAUAAGAUUGGAGUUAAUUCUUUUAAAAUAUUUUGUAGAGUUAACCAGUGAUGCUAACUAGGUCUGGAGUUUACUUUGUGAGAAGGUUUUUCAGUAUAGAUUCAAUUUACUUUUUUUUUAAAAGAUUUUAUUUAUUUAUUCGACAGAGAUAGAGACAGCCAGCGAGAGAGGGAACACAAGCAGGGAGAGUGGGAGAGGAAGAAGCAG